GAAGUGCUGGUUGUAACAAAUUGAAGUAUGUCAUCAGUAGCAGUGCCAUUUUACCAGAAAAGACACAAACAUUUUGAUCAGUCCUAUCGCAACAUUCAGACAAGAUAUGUACUUGAAGAAUAUGCAGCAAGAAAGGCUGCUUCUAGACAGGCUGCUCACUAUGAAUCAAUUGGCCUGGGAAAAACAACAUGCAGACUCUGUGCCAGGAGGGCACGCAGCUUGGCUCAUGAAGCGAUGCAAGAAUCCAGGAAAAGGACUCACGAACAAAAGUCUCAUGCUAGUGAUGAAAAAAGGAUCAAAUUUGCCAGUGAGUUGUCAUCUUUGGAAAGAGAGAUUCACUUGGCCAGGCACCAUGCUAGGGAACAACUGGAUAGACUUGCUAUACAAAGAAUGGUAGAAGAAAAAAUAUGGCUCUGGAAAGACACGCUGUUGAGGAAAAAAUAAGUCGAGCUCCUGAAAUCCUAGUGCGCCUGAGAUCUCACACUGUCUGGGAAAAGAUGUCUGUGCGUCUUUGCUUCACUGUACAAGGAUUUCCCUCCCCUGUUGUUCAGUGGUACAAAAAUGAGGAACUGAUUACCCCUGCAAGUGAUCCAGCAAAGUACACUGUUGAAAACAAAUAUGGAGUACAUGUAUUGCAUAUAAACAGAGCUGAUUUUGAUGAUUCUGCUACCUAUUCAGCUGUUGCAACAAAUAUCCAUGGGCAGGCAUCAACUAAUUGUGCUGUGGUUGUGAGAAGGUUCAGAGAGAGUGAAGAGCCUCACCCAGCUGGGAUAAUGCCCUUCCACUUGCCACUGUCGUAUGAUGUUUGCUUCACACACUUUGAUGUCCAGUUUCUGGAGAAAUUUGGAGUCACCUUUGCAACUGAAGGUGAAACACUGACCCUUAAGUGUUCUGUGUUGGUCACCCCAGAGCUGAAAAGACUACGGCCUCGAGCUGAGUGGUAUAGAGAUGAUGUUCUGAUAAAGGACUCCAAGUGGACAAAGCUGUAUUUUGGAGAAGGUCAGGCAGCUCUGUCCUUCACUCAUCUGAACAAAGAUGAUGAAGGUUUAUAUACCCUGCGAAUGGUUACAAAAGGUGGAGUGAAUGAAUAUAGUGCAUUCCUGUUUGUCAGAGAUGCUGAUGCAUUGAUCGCGGGAGCACCAGGGGCUCCAAUGGAUGUUAAAUGCCAUGAUGCUAACAGAGACUAUGUUAUUGUUACCUGGAAACCACCAAAUACAACCACUCAGAACCCAGUCAUUGGAUAUUUUGUUGACAAAUGUGAAGUAGGUUUGGAGAACUGGGUCCAGUGCAAUGAUGCACCUGUAAAAAUCUGCAAGUAUCCCGUGACUGGUCUUUGUGAAGGACGGUCUUACAUCUUCCGCGUGAGAGCAGUGAACAGUGCUGGUAUUAGCAGACCUUCUCGAAUCUCUGAACCGGUUGCAGCUCUUGACCCUGUUGACCUGGAAAGAACACAAACUGUUCAUGUGGAUGAAGGGAGAAAGAUUGUUAUCAGAAAAGAUGACCUCGAAGGUAUGUUAUGUUUCUGAUUUCAUUCCAUCUCU